CAUCGGGGGUUGAGGAAGAACAAGCUCUCUUCUUCUUCGCUCUCUUCUUCUUUGCUCUCUCUACUCGCAGUUUCUCACUCUCUCCAGUUAAAUGCUCUCUUUGAAGCUCUGGAUUGAUCUCACUCACUCGUUCAAUCUUCACUGACUCCCUUUUUCCCCCAAAUUUCGCUGGCAUUCUCCUGAUGAAGGAAGCAUGUUCUGUGGUUUAGAGCUUAAGUCCAUAUCGUCUUCAAGAAAUUUCUUCUGUUCUUUUGACCGUGUAAGUCCAUGGGCUCAGCCAUGAAUAACUUGUCUGUCGAAACAGAUGAUGCCUUUUCCAGUUUGCUUGAGCUUGCUGCAAAUGAUGACAUUGAUGCCUUUAAGAGAUCGAUUGAACGCGACCCUUUUGGUAUUGAUGAGAUUGGUUUGUGGUAUGGUCGAUUGAGAGGCUCAAAACAGAUGACUAAUGAGCAGAGAACUCCUUUAAUGGUUACUGCUACUUAUGGAAGCAUUGAGGUUUUGAAGCUUAUUCUUUCUCUUUCUUGUGCUGAUGUAAACCGCGCUGUUGGUCUUGACAGAAGCACUGCCCUUCAUUGUGCAGCCUCAGGUGGGGCUGCAAAUGCUGUAGAGAUUGUGAAGCUGCUCUUAGCUGCUGGUGCUGAUUCUAGUAUGGUUGAUGGGAAUGGACAUCGACCCGUUGAUGUGAUUGUUGCCCCCCCAAGGCAUGCAGAGUUUAAAUCAAUCCUUACAGAGCUUCUUAGAACAUAUGGUUUGUCUGGUGAAGGAAAUCUUGAUGUUUUAAAAGGUGCAAGGAAUUUGCUUUCUCCUCGCCCUUCAUCUCCUCCGAAUGCCCCCUCAUCUGCAUCAGAGUUGGUUUCUUCUCCAACAAAGUCGAAACUAAAUGAUUUUCCUAUGUUUUCUCCACCUGAGAAGAAAGAAUACCCUGUUGAUAUUUCUCUUCCGGACAUCAAGAACAGUAUUUACUCAACUGAUGAAUUUCGAAUGUAUUCGUUCAAGGUUCGACCCUGCUCACGGGCUUACUCUCAUGAUUGGACUGAGUGCCCCUUUGUCCACCCUGGAGAGAAUGCCAGGAGGAGGGAUCCAAGAAAGUUUCAUUAUAGCUGCGUACCGUGUCCUGAUUUUCGGAAGGGUGCUUGCAGAUGGGGAGAUAUGUGCGAAUAUGCUCACGGGGUGUUCGAGUGCUGGCUGCACCCAGCACAAUAUCGGACCCGACUUUGCAAAGAUGGCACAAAUUGCUCAAGGAGAGUCUGCUUCUUUGCACACAGGACUGAGGAACUCCGACCACUGUAUGUUUCAACUGGCUCUGCAACUUCCGGGGCUUCUGCUAUGGAAUAUAAUACAGUCAUGAACCUUCUACCUGGUUCUCCAUCUUCAGUCCCUAUGAUAUCUCCAUCACCGUUCACUCCUCCAAUGUCUCCCUCUGCCAAUGGCAUGUCUCACUCAUCCAUGGCGUGGUCUCAACCGAAUGUACCUGUCUUGCAUCUUCCAGGAAGCAAUAUUCAAUCCAGCCGCCUAAGAUCUUCUUUGAGUGCAAGAGACAUCCCUGCGGAGGACUUUGAUUAUCUGAGCGAUUUUGAUAUGCAACAACAGCAGCUCGUUAAUGACUUGAACUGUCUUUCUCAGCCACCAUUAAGUUCAAACUCAUUGAGCCGUUCUGGUCGGCUGAAGACUCUGACUCCUUCAAAUCUUGACGAUCUCUUCUCUGCUGAGAGUUUAUCUCCCAGAUACUCCGAUCAAGCUUUGGCUUCAGCUGUUUUCUCCCCUACACACAAAUCAGCUGUUAUCAAUCAAUUUCAGCAGCAACAAAAUAUUUUGUCACCAAUCAACACAAAUUUCUCUCCUAAAAAUGUUGAUCACCCUCUAUUGCAGGCUUCCUUUGGGGUUCAAUCAUCUGGGAGGAUGUCUCCACGAAAUCUGGAACCGAUCUCUCCCAUGGGCUCUCGCUUGUCCAUGUUAGCUCAUAGAGAAAAACAGCCACCGUUUGGCAGCCUCAGCUCGCGUGAACUAGGUGCCAAUUCUGCUUCUGUUGUUGGUUCCCCUACAAGUUCUUGGUCUAAAUGGGGACCUUCUAACAGAAGACCUGAUUGGGCAGUCAAUGCAGAUGAAAUGGGUAAACUUAAGCAAUCAUCGUCGUUUGAGCUUGGGAACAAUGGAGAAGAACCAGAUUUAUCAUGGGUUCAAUCGCUUGUAAAAGAAUCUCCAACUGAGAUAAAAGAAAAGCAGGCUCAUCCCAACUCAGGUGGCAAUAAUUUUGUAUCUGAAGGUGAGAGUUCUAACAUGAACUCCCAAAUGGAGUCAGUUGACCAUGCUGCAUUAGGAGCAUGGCUCGAGCAAGUGCAGCUCGAUCAUCUCGUCGCACAACAAAACUGAAGUUGUGUCGGUGGAGGUAGUUAACAACAGUUAUAUUUUGGUGUAUAACAUGCCUUUUUUUUCUAUUUUUGUUGUUGGGCAUUGGAAGGAAAAAUGCAUCUUCAGAAGGCGAAGGGGGGAGUUAAUCACCCUCACUCGAAGGCGACCAUUUUUAUGACAACCUCUUAGUUAAUGUCGACAAUUUAGAACACAGGUAGGUUUUAUUCUUUGUUUGAAAAAAUUUAGAUCCUAUUAGGUUGCCAUUAAAAAGAAAAAAAUGUCUCAAAAUUCCCAGUUGUGAGUAGCAUCAUCAUGUUUAAUUGUAAUGAACAUCAUAUCACAUUCACAUCUUAAUCCAUCACCUCAUUCAUUAACUUAACCAAGCAAUUCCCACUGUUUAUCCACUGUAGGAUUGAUUGAACACUUGUGUGGAGAAGGAACUUGAUUCUGAGUCGUGAAGAUAAGAUAAUGGAUUCUUUAUCUUUUGUAGAUUAUCUGAAUGGAAUGAUUAGGUUAUGGGAGUUUUGUGUAAUGGUCACAUCAUAAUCAAUUGAUGUUGAUCUGUUUGAAGGAUCAGUUUUUUGAUGUAUUAUUUAAAUAAUCUAUGGAGAUAAAAUUCAUGUGCUCAAA